UCCAAGUAAGACGCAACGCAGUUUGUGGAAAGUUGGAUUUAAGUUAUCUUUAGGUAUCCUCUUAAAGGUGAUAUAUAUAUAUAUAUAUAUAUGUAUGUAUAUGUAUCAUACAUGUGCAAAUCGAGCGAAAAAAAUUUAAGAUCUAAAGUCGGAGGAUCUCGGGUUUGUCUCAUUGUUGGGUCGGUCAGUUUCAAUUGUCAUCUUCGAGCAUUCGGAGUUCAAGUUUUCUGACCCCUUCGCUUUGUGGGCCAUUAAUCUGUUUUGAUAGCCAUUCAUUCUUGGCAAGCAUUAGAGAUUAUAGAACUACCCUGCUAGAAGAUAUCUGCUGACCUUUGUUUGAGACUCUAACAAACAUGGUUCAGAAACUAGAAACUAUAAAGGGUCGGGGAGGAUCCAUCAGGGUUGGCACGACGGGAACUAUAAGUUCUCUGAUGACAAGGGAAUUGGACUCCAUUAAAUUUGCCCCUCAGAUGCCUGUAUCUUCCAGAACCAAACCACAAUCAGUACCUGUUCUAGUUCCCUAUGGUGGUACAACUCCCAAAAGACCACAACCAAGAAAAUCAUCUGACAUGGCAAGCAGCAGCUACAAUGAUCAUAGAAGCCCUGAGAUUACCAGGAAAAAUAAAAGCUACUCCACAAAUAUCCAUCGAAUACCGAUGCUUGCAGUUGAUAGUAUUAUUCUUGAUAGAAUUCCCAGCGGGGAGAAAAAUGACAAGAAAGGAUCUAAUAUAGUCGAGAUUGUGGACAUAAGGUGUGGGAAACAGGAUAGGGCAUGGGCUAGCCCUAUUGCAAAUCGUCUCAAGAAGCUGGGUUUCUCGAAGCUAUCAGAGAGUAUAAUCUAAGCUUGCAACUUCUUUAUACCUGCUUUAACAUUCCUGUAACUGAAACCGGAAUUCCAAAUGGCCGAUUGUUGUCUGAAACUUCCACCAUAGAAGAUAUACGUGAUAGGAUUCUGCUGCGUUUCUUUUUCUUCUCUUGGGUUGCUAUGUCAGAUCCAAAAGUGUGUCUGAAAUGAUCGUGACUACCAGUGGAAGCCAUGUCCUUUAUUUGGGUCUGAUCAGUCUCGUGUGAACUACCUUGGCAGCUUAAUCCAAGCCGGCUCAAGUGCUCAAUUUCUUUCAUUACGAGGGAUCCACCGGUGCCCCUAGCACCUAUAUCUACAUAAUUAUGUGGAUCCAUUUCAAUCUUCAAGGAUUUUUGUGGGUAUGAUGAUGAUGUAUAUAUACAUGUUUUGUUAGUUGGGUUUGCGUGGAGGCGGCUUGUGGAUGAAGAUAGGUGGAUUUGGUUCUUGUCUUGGAGUGAAAAGUUUUUGAGUCUGGGUCUUUUGGUCAUGCCUCUUCACCUGGUGUUUCACAUGAAUUAUUUAUCUUAUGUUCUAUAUCUUAAAAAAUGGGGUGCAAUAGCUUUCACAAGGAUAUUGAGAGCUGGAUGGUAAUGUGGUUAUUUUAUUCAUGUGCUUGCAGUCAAAGCACUUAAAUUUGCUAACCAAUGUACCUUUUUCUAACUACUUGGGCUUCAUUUCAAUGUUUGCUUUA